CCGACUGCUGUCUGUCAGUGUAACAAACCAAAUUAAAACCGAAAGUAGUCUGAAAUAUUUUUGCUGUCGUAGUUAGUUGCCGUCAAAUGAUUGAGAUUUGGUUAGGGUAAUAUAGAAGUAAUCGUAUUGGCUGUAUUUCCGUAAGAGGCCGUCAAAAGAAUCGAUUAAUUAACAAAAUAAGUACUAUUUAAAUAAUAGAAACUAUAUGUUAUUUGAAUAUCUCUUUGGCGAAAUGUUAGCUUCAAUAAUCUGGUGAAAUAAAGUGGUACUCUUGCUGUAAAUGCAGUUGAAAUGGCUUCCAGAAAACGAAGUGGAUCUGGUUCUAAAAGGCAGUUAAAAGAAAAGGUUGUUCAAAUAUACGAGUCAUUUUUCAGAGGUGAAGACCUAUCCAGAACAAAUGCAAAUGUUUGGGAUGAAUUAUUCUUGUUGAAACCUAAGAUCAAUUAUUUUGAGGCAGAAAUGCAGAAGCUGAACGGAGAUCAGUUGAUUCUCAUCCAAGACAACCUUCAUAUGUUGUUUGCUCAGUGUAUAGACACAUUGGGACAUGAGCACAGCAUACGUGUUGUGUAUGCGUUACAGACGUUAUGUGCCAUUGUGAACAGUACAUACCGCAAGUGUCAGAACGAUGCAAUGAACCUGCUGAUGGGCAUCCACGCCGCAGAGAAACGCAUGCAACAGUUGCUCAACCAUUGCAACUCUAUUUUAAGUGGGGAGAGUCCAGCAAGUCUGAAGAACCUAUGUCUGAAGCUGUUACUAAUUCUAGUCACUGGUGCAGAUAAUGUUUCCACUAAUUUCCUGCUAGAAUAUGUAAUGAUGAAUAGUAUUUUUGAAACGUUAAUUCAGCUGCUAUGUAACACCAACAGUCGGGCGGAGCAUGGACACGAUGUUGUGUCGUUGCUCACGCUGCUGAUUAACUACCGAAAACACGAGGCCGCCAACCCCUACAUUGUAAAACUAUCCAUCCUGGAUGACGAAUUGGCGCUCAACGGAUAUGGACAGGUGAUAACGUGGUCUUUGGGAGAAUUCUGUCGCCAGUUCGCCAUACAACAGAGUGAACCGCAAGCUGGGAGUUGGCUCUCCUCUCUGUCCAGCAUGGUCGGCAACAUGUUCGUGUCCGACGAGGUGGAGAUGAGGACUCAGCAGAUCAGAGCGAACAAUGGUCUGCUGCUAGCACUGUACGAAGCAGUCCACUUGAACCGUAACUUCGUGACAACCUUGGCACAUUCUCAGACAGAGACCAGCACUCCACCUUCCCCCUCCAACAGCCUGGCUGCUGGGGAACCCUUGGAAGCUACUCAGCCCUCCAACCUUCUGGUCACUUUCUUCCAGUAUUGUUCCAUAGUAAUGCAAGAUACAAAGUCAGAAGCCAGUGUGAACAACGUGAAGUUGUGCUUUAUCAUACUGACAUGUAUUUCCGAGGAUCAGUACGCCAACUCUCUGAUGCACGAUGUCAACCUUGUGUUCAAAGUACAACUCCACAGGUUACCUAUGCGGCAUCGGAAGUUUGUGGCAGAGAGAGGCUCUCAGCCGCUUGCAAAUACGCUCAUGGACUUGCUGGUGGAAUUCAUCAUGAGUCACAUGAUGAAGAAGUUGUCCCUGGAGCUGUACCUGCAGUGUGUGGGAGUGGUGCACCGGGUUCUCUGCUACCAGAAACGCUGCCGGGUGCGGCUCAUGUACCAGUGGAAGGAGCUAUGGACGGCGCUUAUCACUCUACUCAAGUUCAUUCUGGCAAACGAGAACCACCUGGCCAAGAAAAUGAAUAUAUUUCUCCUUGGUCUACAGGUAGUAAACAUUUUCAACCUGUUUAUAACUUACGGUGACACGUUCCUUCCAUCUCCCAGCAGCUACGACGAACUCUACUAUGAGCUUAUACGCAUGCAUCAAGUGUUCGACAACAUUUACUCUACAGCUUUCAGAUACUCUACGGUGGAUGGAGAGUUCAAGGAUACAGCCCUGCUUCUGACAAACAGUCUAAUUAAUGUCAGGGCGAUCAUUAAUCACUUCACCCCGAAGAUUGAUGCAUGGUUAGAAGGCCAAGCCUUGUCAACUCCGUCUGAAGAUGAGAUCCUGGAGGUUGUGCGCAAAAAUUACGACAGUCUGACAUUGAAACUGCAAGACAGUCUAGACCAGUAUGAGAGAUACUCGGAGAAUCCGCAACAUUCCGCCUUUUUCACUGCAAUGGUUCGCAGUGUGGUAGUUGAUACCAGGCAAAACAUUGACUAUGCAUCUCUGGACUUGCAAGUAAUCCUACAAGAGUUAUCUUGCAUCACGUGAAAUAAACAUAUCAUUAUUAUAGUUGCCUUAUUUCAGUCUGAUUAAUGAUGUAAUUUAUUACUCCUGUAACUUUACAUUGUAAAAUUAAUAAAUAUAUAAACUUUU